AUGCCGCUCUCUCCUGACGACCUCCAGGCCAUCGGCACCCUGGUGCAUUCGAUGGACCACAAGCUCGACGGCUCCGUGGCCGAGCCGAAGAACUUAGAUGACGAGUUCGAGUCGUCCUUGGCCGGGUUUCAGCUGACGAACACUAGGAUGCGCGAGGAGUUCGACUGGUUCGCCUGGAAUAUUUCAGGUGAUCCAGCUGCCGCUCUCCUUCCUGGCGACGAUCAGAUGAUCGCCUGGCCUGCUCCGCUUCCUCUGUUCCCUCCUCGCUCUUCGUCACGUCCGCCCAGCUCGACGCCAGGCUAG